AUGGCUAUUUCUGACGUUCUUAAUUUACGCCAAUUGUUCGAUAUAACUGAGGCGCAAGUGCGUAGUUUACAAUCUUUAGGAGUUGAAUCUCAAAACUUUGGCUCAAUGCUUAUACCUGUGUUAUUGCAAAAACUGCCAGGAGAAUUGCGUCUGAUUAUUAGUCGCCAACUUGGAAAAAACGCAUGGAAAGUAAGCGAGGUUAUGCAAGCUUUUAAAACUGAAUUAGAAGCGCGAGAAAAAGUUUCAACCGGUCAGGAGGAAAGCCCUUGUUUUUCUGGUGCUUCCCUUUAUGUUGGAAAUCGACGGAAUUUCGAUGCGAAAGAGAGAAAAUGUGCUUUUUGUGAAAACCCAGGGCACAAACCGCAAUUUUGCUCUAUUGUUUCCAAACCGACUGCGCGCUCUUCCAUUUUAAAAAGGAAAGGAUUAUGCUUUUUAUGUCUACAGUCAGGUCAUGUAGCAAGACACUGCACAGUUAGAUGGAAAUGUUUUAAAUGUAAGGGACGUCAUCAUGUGUCUAUUUGCAAUAAGGGUAAUCGAGACCAGGAUAGCAAUGAUCAGAAUGAAGGUGAGGGAACUUCAAAUAACGUGGCGAAUACUGAAUGUGAUUUUAACGCAGUUUUGUUACAAACUGCGUCUGCGGAAAUUUUUUCUGAUGAUAAAAACUGUCACAGGUUUAGAAUUUUGUUUGAUAGUGGCAGUCAAAUGUCAUACAUUUCUCCGCAAGCGGCGGAAAAAUUGAAAUUGAAAACAAUCGACAAAAAACAAAUGUGUCUUAAAACGUUUGGAGGAGCUAAACAAAACAAAACUUUGGACAUGGUUAGAUUUACCGUUAAAACGAAAAAUGACGAAGAAAAUAUUACGGUAAACGCGUUCGUAUCCGAAAUAUGCUAUCCUUUGACAAACCAAAACAUCGAGGGUGCAAAAUCUAACUACCCAUUUCUGUGUCGUCUCGAUUUAGCAGACAGUAAUCCAAAAAAUCAACCAUUAAGUGUGGAUAUUUUGAUUGGCGGGGAUUAUUAUUGGUCCUUUAUGAAAAACGACAUGAAACGUAGCACCAAAGGUGGGCCCACAGCAAUUUCAUCAAAACUGGGAUAUAUUUUAAGUGGCGGAGUCAUGGGUACUAAAUUGGAUACUUCAGUGAACAUUGUUAAUACUCAUGUUUUAAAAGUGCAAAAUGAGUUGAGUGAAAAUAAAACACUUGAAGACUUGGUUCAGGGAUUUUGGAACAUCGAGACUAUGGGAAUUAAAAAAUCAGAAGAAAACGAAAUUUCGGAUCAUGGUAUUGAAGCAGGUGUGACAUUUAAAAAAGAUCGUUAUGAGGUCAAGCUACCCAUAAAAGAUCACGAUCUGCUUGAAGAUAACUAUGAUCUUUCAAAACAAAGAUUAAAAAACAUGAUUAAAAUUUUCAAAAACAAAAGCGAAUUGUUGAAACAAUACGAUAACAUUAUUCGAGAACAAGAAAGUUGUCAAAUAAUUGAAAAGGCACCAGAUGAAUAA